AACAGCGCGUUUCAAUUUUGCAACCCUUCUUCAAUGCUAGCUUUCCUUUUCACGUCGUCCCAUCACGUUUUAAUAGUAGCACACGCUACUUUUGACCUCAUCGCCCCCGUUGCGCCCCCUCUAACCGCGACAGCCUUCAAAACGCGUGGCAAAAAGUCUCCAGCUUCUCGUUUCAGUUGCAACCAAAUUUCUACCCACAUGUUCUUCUUGCGUCAUACGUAAAAAAAAAAACCUUUGCCUGUCAAAGACUUCCUCUGUUAAGUUUAUUGCAUCUGAAAGUCCCCAGCGAGUAAAGAAAGCCCCACCGCCUGCGCCUCCUCGUCAAUCCCCCUUUGCACGCCUUUGCAGAUCAUCCGAGAACUGGCAACCUGCUCACCUUACGGGCAUUUCAGUGCGUGCCCGUCACUUUUAGCAGCGACUUGUGGGCACUGGGACUGUGGAAUUAUUUUGGUCUCGAAUAUCUUUUUGGAUUUUUCUACAUCACACGGGUCAACACACAUCUUUGUGAACUGCGCGUGGUGGACGUCUGGCUGCAUCUGUUCGAUCUUCUCUAAACCAAGUCAGAGUGGCUCCCUUUAAACCAGAUCUUGGGAGUACUUCCAGUGUCCACACAAAGGCCGACAGAAGCACUUUCAGGUGAUGGUGGCUGAGGUGCAGCCUGGCCUGAUGACCAACGACAGCCGCUGCGGGAUCAAUUUCAGCGAGGGCCGCUGGCCACUGGUGUUCAUCUAUUCAGUUGUGUUCACUUUGGCCUUGGUGGCCCACCUGCUGACGCUCGGCCCCAUUAUCCAGCAGGUGCGCAGCCACAACAUCCUGGGGGUCUACCUGCUGAACCUCUCCCUCUCGGAUCUGCUGUACACCCUGACGGUGCCACUCUGGAUCCACUAUUACUACAACAACCACACGUGGCACAUGGGCAGGCAUGUGUGCCACAUCGCGGGCUUCAUCUAUUACUCCAACACGUACAUCAGCAUCUUCAUGCUGUGCUUCAUCUCCCUGGACCGCUGCCUGGCCGUGUCCUUCCCGCUAUGGGCCAAGGCUUUCCGCAAGCCAAGGUAUGGCUGGUACAUUAGUGCCUUUGUCAUCCUCGGGGUGAUGGGUGUUCACUUGCCAGUGGCCCUGGUCAAUAGCAACAAUAACACACUGGUCAACGGCAGCAGUGAAAUGAAGGACUGCUAUGACAGUUACCCAUUGUCGACGCUGGUGGCCAAGUUCAACUACAUCCGCAUCACCUUUGGUUUCCUGGUGCCCCUGGCUCUGCUCAUCUUCUGCAACUUUCAGGUUUUCAAAGGGGUGCGCAAGAGCAGCAGCAUUCAGGACAAAAGCAAACGCAAAGUGAAGCUGCUGUCCAUCUGGGUGAUUGUUAUCUUUGCCUUCUGCUUUGCCCCUUACCACAUCAUCCUCUUCCUCCGCACCAUCAUGUCCUCCCUCCACCCCGGGAGCUGUGACUUUGACCGCCACGUGCAUCACCUCUUCAGUUUCUCCCUGGCCAUGUCCAGUCUAAACAGCGUGGCUGACCCCUUCCUCUAUGUGUUUUCCAGUAACUGUGUGCGGGAGGACCUCACUGAAAUCAGCCGAUCGUUCUGCGCCCACCUUGGUCACAGAUGGCCUCCACACAGCAGCAGUAAACUGUCCAUCAGACAAUUGUCUACUCGGGUCGUCACCUCUUGGACUGCGUUGGACAAAAUUUAAGGGACCCGAGUCGGGAUGAGCAAUUCCUCAGCUGAUCCCAUUUUUGCUCUUUUUUUCCUUGAGUAAGCACUGUUGUUGUUUUUUCGCAAAGUGAUCAAUCUGUCCUUGUAAUAUAGCGCCUUUCAUGGCAACCCUUGAAAUAAAAUAACUUUUUUUU